GCUUUUUCUCUCGGACGAAAUGAAGUACAAAGGUCAGACGGGACACGGGCGCCUGUAAUGGGGUGUGUUUGACCGGAUCAGAGCCUCGCGCCUCGAAUAAUGUGUCCAAUUACGCACGCGAGGCGCGGAGAAAAGGGCGGGAAGCGGACGGCAGUGGAGGUGUUUGGAGACUGAGAGCGGCGUUUGUGGCAUGAAGUUCACCACAGGUUUCGAUUACGGAGCCAUGGAGCGACGAAAGAGGCUGUUUUUACUGCUUUUCUUCGUGAUGGCAAAGUGGGACCUCAGUGAGCAGCAGGUUCUCCGAAUAGGGGGGAUUUUCGAGACCCGGGAGAACGAGCCUGUUAGUGUGGAUGAGUUAGCUUUCAAAUUUGCUGUUACCAGCAUAAACCGGAACAGAACGCUGAUGCCAAACACCACGUUGACCUACGACAUCCAGAGAGUGAACCUCUUUGACAGUUUUGAAGCCUCUCGAAGAGUGUGUGACCAGUUAGCUCUGGGCGUGGCUGCAGUUUUCGGCCCGGCUCAUAGCUCCUCUGUCAGCGCUGUGCAGUCCAUCUGUAAUGCCCUGGAGGUCCCUCACAUCCAGACCCGCUGGAAACACCCCUCUGUGGACAACAAGGACACCUUCUUCAUCAACCUGUACCCAGAGCACACCUCCAUCAGCAGAGCUAUUCUGGAUGUCGUCACCUACUAUAAGUGGAAGUCCAUCACUGUGGUCUACGAGGACAGCACAGGCCUAAUGCGCAUGCAGGAGCUGAUUAAAGCCCCGUCCAGAAACGGCAUGAAGGUGCGUAUACGCCAGCUGCCCACGGGGAGCAGCGAUGCCCGCCCGCUGCUCAAGGAGAUGAAGAAGGAGCAGGAGUUUUACGUGAUCUUCGACUGCUCCUACCAAAUGGCCUCCGAGCUGCUCAAACAGCUAAUGUCAAUGGGGAUGAUGACUGAGUACUACCAUUUCUUCUUCACUACCUUGGAUCUCUUUGCACUGGACCUGGAGCCGUACCGCUACAGUGGCGUUAACAUGACUGCAUUCCGCCUGCUGAAACUAGACAACCCCUACGUGGCGUCUGUUAUUCAGAAAUGGAGCAUGGAACGCCAGCUAGCCCCACCCAGACCCGAGAGUGGCCUAAUGAUCGGCAUGAUGACUACAGCGGCUGCUCUCAUGUACGACGCCGUGUUCAUGGUUGCAGUGGCAUCCCAGCGAGCCAGCCAGAUGACGGUGAGCUCUCUGCAGUGCCACAGGCACAAGCCAUGGAGGUACGGACCCCGCUUCAUGAAUCUGUUCAAGGAGGCUCAGUGGGAUGGCCUGACAGGACGAAUCGUCCUUAACAAGACUGAUGGACUGAGGAAAGACUUCGACUUGGACCUCAUCAGCCUCAAGGAGGACGGCACAGCGAAGAUCGGGGUGUGGAACUCUUACACGGGUCUGAAGUUGACCGAAAAGCAGGAAAACUCUAAAAAUGUCACAGAUUCGCUGGCUAACAGAACGCUGAUAGUCACCACAAUCCUGGAGAACCCAUAUGUAAUGUAUAAGAAGUCUGAUAAGGUGCUGUAUGGGAAUGAUCGCUUUGAAGGCUACUGUCUGGACCUGCUGAAGGAGCUCUCCAACAUCCUGGGGUUUAAUUACGAAGUCAAGCUGGUGUCUGACGGAAAGUACGGCGCCCAGAAUGACAAGGGGGAGUGGAACGGCAUGGUCAGGGAGCUCAUUGACCAUAUAGCAGACCUGGCUGUGGCUCCUUUGACCAUCACUUACGUGCGGGAGAAAGUCAUAGACUUUUCUAAGCCAUUCAUGACCCUGGGGAUCAGCAUCCUGUACCGCAAACCCAAUGGCACCAACCCAGGGGUCUUCUCCUUCCUCAACCCCCUCACUCCAGAUAUUUGGAUGUACGUGUUGCUCGCAUGCCUGGGAGUCAGCUGUGUGCUCUUCGUCAUUGCUAGGUUCACUCCAUAUGAAUGGUACAACCCUCACCCCUGCAACCCUUCAUCAGACGUGAUGGAAAACAACUUUACGCUGUUGAAUAGUUUGUGGUUCGGAGUUGCAGCGCUCAUGAGGCAAGGCUCAGAACUGAUGCCCAAGGCUCUAUCCACCCGAAUCGUUGGAGGGAUUUGGUGGUUCUUCACGCUAAUCAUCAUAUCGUCCUACACCGCUAACCUGGCUGCCUUUCUCACGGUGGAGAGGAUGGACGCUCCGAUCGAUUCAGCAGACGAUCUGGCAAAGCAAACAAGAAUCGAAUACGGGGCCGUGAGAGACGGCUCGACCAUGACUUUCUUUAAAAAGUCCAAAAUCUCUACGUAUGAGAAGAUGUGGACGUUCAUGAGCAGCAGGAAGAACACGGCGCUGGUAAAGAACACCAGAGAGGGCAUUACGCGCGUCCUAACUACAGACUAUGCUCUCCUCAUGGAGUCCACCAGCAUAGAGUACAUCACCCAGAGGAACUGCAACCUCACCCAGGUCGGGGGACUCAUAGACUCCAAAGGCUAUGGAGUGGGCACCCCCAUAGGGUCUCCCUAUCGAGACAAGGUGACCAUCGCUAUCCUGCAGCUGCAGGAGGAGGGCAAGCUGCACAUGAUGAAGGAGAAGUGGUGGAGGGGGAAUGGCUGCCCUGAGGAGGACAAGAAGGAGGCUAACGCCUUGGGCGUGGAGAACAUCGGGGGCAUCUUCAUUGUGCUGGCUGCUGGCCUUGUCCUGUCUGUGUUCGUGGCCAUAGGAGAAUUCAUCUACAAGGCCCGCAAGAACAGCGACAUUGAGGAGUGCAUCUCUUUCAGUGAAGUGAUGGAGGAGCUGGGCAUCUCCUUCAGGUGCCACAAGGCCAUGAGGAAAAGAGGAAAACCGCGAGGACGAGCAGCGCUCACAGGAGUCUUAUGCAAUUCCAAACGCAUCAUGAGGAAGGAAACUGUGGCCUAGAGAGGCAUUUUAACAUUCAGCCUGGAGAUACUUUUGACCUAAAA